UCCCUUGGCAACCGCUCAACAGAUCCCAGAGUCCCUGGAGAGGACUGCAGCCAGCCGGUGGGGUCUGCUACGAAUAGGUAUGUAGGAGUCAGAGUCCACCGCUCGGAUCCAUUUCCGUAGCGAAUGAAAUCCCACCAUCUCCUGCGGGGAGCCCAGACCAGUUCCUUUCCUUGCAAAAUUAAACUUCGAGAUCUCCGUAAAUUCCGCUUUUGAACCUCACUCCUCCUUUCAACGAACAUCGUUUUCAUUCCACAGGUAUGGAUUUUAUAUGAGACCCAUAAACUGAUGUAAGAAGUCUUUAUCUUCUCUCUGAAAAAGCAUCUAUAAGAUUUAAGACUGGGAGCACUUCAAUAAAACCAUCUGGUUUCCUUGUGGGGAGAUCUUAAGUAUUUUGUAUUAUGACUACUCAAGAGAAGACAGAAGAGCCUCCUUUUGUGGAUAUAUUUAAUGAAGAUGAAGCUGAAAAAAACUUUAUAUUGUCUAAACCUGUUUGCUUUGUUGUAUUUGGAAAACCAGGGGUUGGGAAGACAACAUUAGCCCAACAGAUAACACAGGCAUGGAAAUGUAUUCAUGUAGAAGCUUUACCAGUUUUGGAAGAACAGAUGGCAAGUGAAACUGAAUCAGGAGUUAUGCUGCAGUCGAUGCUGAUCAGUGGCCAAAGUAUUCCUGAUGAACUUGUCACAAAGCUGAUAUUGGAGAAGCUCAACUCCCCAGAAGUCUCUCACUUUGGCUAUAUUAUCACUGAAAUACCAUCACUUUCACAGGAUGCCAUGACCACUCUGCAGCAAAUAGAGUUAAUUAAAAAUUUAAAUCUGAAACCUGAUAUUAUAAUCAAUAUUAAGUGCCCUGACUAUGAUUUAUGCCAAAGAAUUUCUGGGCAACGGCAGCACAGUAGUACAGGAUACAUAUACAGAAGAGAUCAGUGGGAUCCUGAAGUCAUUGAGAAUCGAAGGAAAAAGAGGAAAGAAGCCCAAAAGGAAGGAAAAGGAGAAGAGGAAGGCGAAGAGGAAGAAGAGCAAGAAGAAGAAGAGGCAUUUCUUGCUGAAAUGCAGGCGGUGGCUGAAAUUCUUCAAAAUAUAGUUCAGAGGCCUGAGGACUAUUUGGAAAAUAUCGAAAACAUGGUUAAACUGUAUAAGGACAUAAUGCUUCAUCCUUUAGAAGAAGUAAUGGCUGAACAUGAUUCCCAGUAUCUCAUUGAGCUAGAUGGGAACCAGCCUCCGGAGGAACUUUUCAUGGCAGUUAUGGAUCGAUUUAAAUAUCUGAACCUAAAAAGAGCAGCUAUUUUAACGAAACUUCAGAGUGCAGAGGAAGAAAUUAGUGACACAAUGGAAAAUAAUGAGCUGUUCCGUACCCUUGCAUCUUAUAAACUUAUUGCACCAAGAUACAGAUGGCGGCGAAGCAGAUGGGGACGUACGUGUCCUGUGAAUUUAAAGGAAGGUAACAUUUUUCAAGGAUUGCCGGAUUUUUCUGUGAGUUUUCUAGGUAAAAUAUACUGCCUUUCAUCAGAAGAAGCAUUAAAAACAUUUUUGUCGAACCCACGUCCCUAUCUUCUUCCACCUAUGCCAGCCCCACCAUUUAAAGUAUUCAUAGUUGGACCUCAAUCUUCAGGGAAGACGACACUUAGCAAUUUGCUUGCCAAACAUUACAAAGGAAAGGUAGUUGACUACAAUAAAUUGGUUCGACCACGUUUUGAUAAAGCCCUUGAAAUGUUAACCAAAAACACUAUAGCUGAGGCCACUGAAGCAGCCAUUAAAACUGUACAAGAACGCCUUCUUACAGAACUACAAGCUAAAAAACAAGUGUUCACUCUUGAAUCCCCAAGAGAAAGCUCCUUAGAGGACAGUGAGGAAGCCAGAAGGACAUCAGAUGAUAAAGAUGAAAAAGAAACAAGUGAAACAUUUGCACUUAGAAGUGAUGAAGACUCUAGUCGAGAUGUAAAGUUGGAUUCGCCCAAAGAAUCUGCAAUAGAAGAGGUAACUGCAGAUCAUCCAGAAGUUCUUUCCAUAAUAAAGGAGACAGUCCAAAUGGCAAAGAGUAUGAACUUUGAACAGCCACAUGAAAAAUAUGCUGAAAUCUUAGAUGAAGUCCUCCAAGAGGUAGUUGAAGAAAACAAGAAUAGGUUUUAUGGUGCCCCCAAAUAUGGAGGAUGGAUUCUGGACAACUUCCCUACUACGAGAGAACUGUGGAUGGCUUUGGUCGACAAAGGAAUUCUACCUGAUUUAGUCAUCUGUUUAUUAGACACAGGAAACAAUGGAAAAUAUUUACUUAAUAGACUGUAUUUAGAGAAUAAACCAGAAAUUGACUCUAAGAUUUUAGAAAGAUUAUUAGAUGAACUACUAACGAAGAGAAAAGAGGAAGAAGAAGCAAGAAAAGCCAAAGAAGAGGCAAUGAAAAUAGAAGAAGAAAAUCGAAGGCUAAUGGAAGCUAUGAAUGUGAAAGCAAAAGAAGCAGAAGAAACUGAAGCCGAGGCAGACGAGGAGAUUGAAGUUGAGGAGUCUGAGCUUCAUGAAGGGUCUGAGGUCACCGAAGUAACUGAGGAGACCAGGGCUUCCUUACUUGACGACUCUGACAUUCCUGAAACAGAACCUGAAUCAGUUGUACUGCCUGAGUUUCCAGAAGACGCUUAUCCUGAUGUUCCUGAAAUGGAGCCAAUUAAAGAGAAUAUCCUAUCUUUCUACUCUGCCUGGAGACAACUGGAAACAGCAAUAAGUGACUCUUUUACUCAAGUUGUAAACUUGGAGAUUGCUGACAAAACUCCAGAGGAACUACUUCAAAAAGUCGUGGAGACCAUGGAAAAACCUUUUCGGUAUCCUGGCUGGGAGUUAACCAUAGAUGAUUAUGACGAAGAAACAGAAGACUAUCAGGCUGAGGCCGAGGUCGAUGAGGAGCUAGAGGAGGAGGAAGAAGAAGAGGAAGAGAAUGAAGAUAGAAUUAAAGAGAAGAGAAGACAUUUGGGAGAUACAAAGCACUUUUGUCCAGUGGCUCUCAAAGAAAACUUCAUCCUACAACCAGGCAACUCGGAGGAAGCAGCUAAAUACCGAGAAAAGAUCUACUACUUUUCAAGUCCUGAGGCUAAAGAAAGGUUUUUAGAGCAACCUGAGGAGUAUGUGGCUCAUGAAGAACCAUUAAAGGCUCCUCCAUUAAGAAUAUGCCUUCUGGGCCCCCACGGCUCUGGCAAAACUGUCUGUGGAAGACAAUUGGCAGAAAAAUUGGGCAUUUUUCAUAUUCAGUUUGAAGAAUAUCUUCAAGAAAAACUAAUGCUCAAAACAGAAAAGAAAACUGGACCUGAAUUUGAGGACGAUUCUGAGGACGAGCAAUUUGCAAAACAAGAACUUGAAGAGCUUGCAAUUCAGGCCAAUGUCAAAAUUGAGGAAGAAAAUACAAAACUGCCUCAGGAAGUGCAACUUACAGAAGAAGAAGAAGCAAUCAGAUUAAACCUAAUGGAAAAUGAGCCAUUGCCUCCCGAAAUUCUUGAAGCCAUUCUCUCUGAAUGGUGGUUUAAGGAACCAAUACGUUCCACAGGUUUUGUAUUAGAUGGUUUCCCACGAUAUCCUGAUGAGGUCCAGUUUCUGGGGGAACAUGGAUUCUUCCCAGAUGCUGCUGUUUUUAUACAAGUUGAUGAUCAAGAUAUUUUUGAUCGCCUCCUUCCUGCCCAAAUAAGUAAGUGGAAAGUGAAACAAAAGAAGAAAUUGGAAAGGAAAAAACAAAUCAAAGAAAUGAAGGCAAAAAUCAAGGAAGAUAUGAUAUCUAAAAGAAGGGCUGAACUUCUACUUGAGAGAGAGAAAAAAAGGAAAGAAGUUGAUACUGUUAGAGAAGAUGAAGACAUGAGUGAGGAAGAACUUGAAGAUGAGGAAGAUGAUAUUGAGAAUAUCCUCGAAGAUGAAUUUCCAAAAGAUGAGGAACUGAUGAGUGAGGAAGAUGAAGAGCAGGAAAUCGAUGCACUCGAGCGCCUGAAAAGUGAACUAGGAGAAAAAUUUGAAGCAGAUAUGAGUAAUUUACAAACAGUACAGGAAGAAUUUGAGAAGUUUAUGAUACCAGUAAUUCUCAUUAAUGGAGCUCGGAAAAUCCACAUCGUACAAUAUGUAUUGAAUAUGAGACUGAAACCACUGGUGGAGAAUCGUGCAAGCAUUUUUGAGAAAUGUUAUCCAAUAACAUCACGCCUUGCCCAGAAAAUGCUUAGGUUUACCUACAAGUAUAUAAGCUCCUUUGGCUACUGGGACCCUGUAAAGCUAAGUGAAGGGGAGACAAUCAAGCCAAUUGAAAAUUCAGAGAAUCCACUUUAUCCUGUAAUCCAUCGUCAGUAUAUUUAUUUUUUGUCUAGUAAGGAAACUAAAGAAAAAUUUAUCAAGAACCCAAUCAAAUAUAUCCGCCAACCCAAACCUAAGCCUACUAUGCCCAUUAGGAUUGCAAUCGUCGGGCCUCCAAAAUCUGGGAAAACUACAGUUGCCAAAAAAAUGUCAAGUGAAUAUGGCUUAAAGCAUUUGUCAAUAGGAGAAGCUUUGCGUUAUGUAUUAAACCACCAGCCAGACACAGAGCUGGCACUUAUGCUAAAUUGGCAUCUUCAUAAAGGAAUGACAGCCCCUGAUGAACUGGCUAUUCAAGCCUUAGAAUUAUCUCUGAUGGGAAGUGUAUGUAAUACCGCAGGUGUUGUAAUCGAUGGAUACCCUGUAACAAAAUAUCAAGUGAGUCUCUUGGAAGAUCGGUCAGUCAUCCCCAUGGUCAUCUUUGAGUUGGAUGUGCCUUCCAAAGAGAUUUUCAAAAGAUUGCUCGUGGAAAAAAAAAAGGAAACAAGUUUGCCAUAUCCAUUGCACAACAGCUCACAGAUUAUAGCUGUCAGGAACUCAAAGUACCGCAAAAAUAUUGGUGAUAUUAGGCAGUUUUAUCAGGAACAGCAUCAGAACUGGUAUGUGAUUGAUGGCUUUCACAGCAAAUGGUGGGUAUGGAAUGAAGUCAUUAAGAAGGUUAAAAUGGUGAAUAAACACAUGCAGAUAUACCUGGAAAGAACAAAAGCAGGAAAAGCCGCCUGCAUUGACAAGUUGUGUAUUUCCCCUGAAGAACUGACUUCUCGUCUGGGUGAAUUUGGACAGUUCUGCCCUGUCAGCCUGGCAGAAUCAUAUGAAUUAGUUGAUUGCUCUUUAACUGAUUCCUUGGAAUUUGCAGCGGAGUUCAGAGGUCACUAUUAUAAAAUGAGUUCUCAGGAAAAUUUUAAUAAAUUUUUGGAGAACCCAGAACAAUAUGUUCCUCCGUUAGCUCCUCAUCCACUGCCCCCUGCUGACAUGAUCCCCAGGAGGCUGACGCCAUCAGGGCUGAAGAGUCGGUUCCCUAAGUGUGCCGAGCUCCAGGGCUACUGUCCAGUGACCUAUCAGGAUGGCAGACAAAGAUAUGAAGCCCUAGUACCGGGUAGCAUUAACUAUGCUUUAGAAUAUCGUGAUCGUAUAUAUAUUUGUGAGAGUAGAGAAAAACUUGAGAAAUUUUUGAGGUCGCCCUCGAAAUACUGUAACCAGAAGCUUCCUUACAAACUCCCCCCUCCAAAGGAACCAAAGUGUCUCACUAGCCUGCCUUUGCCUGGAUAUCUGGAACAGGGUAUUGCAACUUCUCUAAUUAAAGCCAUGAAUGCAGCAGGAUGCUUAAAGCCCAAGUUCCCCUUCUUAAGUGUAAAGAGAUCUGCGCUACUCUAUAUAGCAUUUCAUCUAAAAGCCUUUAAUCCUAAAGGUUCUGAAUAUACAAGAAAAAAAUAUAAGAAGAAGAUGGAGCAAUUUACAGAGAGAUGUGAACUCAUUACAUACUUGGGUGCCAAGAUGACAAGAAAAUACAAGGAACCUCAGUUUCGAGCCAUUGACUUUGAUCAUAAAUUACAGACCUUUCUCUCUCUUAGAAGUAUAGACCCAGUCAAUGGAUAGAAUGUUUGGGUAACUGCACCCAGAAUCUUCAGAGUUACCUGAAAGGGGUAAAAGGAAAUAGAUUGAAAAUCCGGCCCUCCCUGAUGUGCUUUUCCCCUCCUGAGCAAUGUGCCACGGCUGCCAGACGUCAAGUGAAUUCAGAGCUCUGCCAGCCAGGAGGGAAUGGUCUUCCCUAAGCCUAAGUUUUCAUAUGAUUUUAAAAGUUAUUACUCUUUGCCUGAACUUUGAUGCUCUAACAAAAUAGUUAUUUCAUUUACAAUUCCAUUUAGAAUAGUUAGGUACCUUGUAUUUUACUUAAUGCAUCUACUGUUCAUUUCAUUUUCCUUUUCAACCUUUUCAGUAGAAAAGUCAGUGUCUGUUAAAGGAAAUUCUGUGGUGAAUGUUAGAAAGCUUUAAGAAACAACAUUAAUAUUGAUAUAAAUAAAAUAGAAAUAUUGGUUACACUUUUAACAAAAGGAGUUGUUUGUAUACUUCAUGAACAUAAAGAUAUUUUAUCAUUUUCCCAAGAAAAUAAAUGAAUUUU